AUGGCCGAGGAAAUCGAGAAUCUGAUCUUAGCGCAAGAGUACAAAAUUGGUGCUCUCAAACGCGUGCUCAUCAACUACAAGAAACUCCCGAAGACUGCUACGUCCGGGGAGCUAAAGAGCCAGCCCUACUUCGUGGACAACGUAAUCCUGGAAGCCGAGGACGUCUAUGCCAACACCAGCGACAUUCUACAAAACGCGCUAAGUAGACUGUUACCCGCUAACAUUAAUUCUUCAUUAUCCGACAGUCACGACGAGUCUGUUUCGCGCGAGUCGGGUUCUCAGAUCUCACGAUUGCCACGUAUAUCGUUGCCAAAAUUUACCGGUAAAAUUGCGGAAUGGGAGAGUUUUCGAAAUAUGUUCGAGUCUCUCGUGGCCUGUAACGUUUCGCUUUCUAAAGUGCAGAAAUUUCAUUACUUAAAAACAAGCGUUACCGGUGAAGCCGCGGUGCUGAUCAAUAGCUUGAAAAUUUCGGAGGCUAAUUACGACUCCGCGUGGCAAUUGCUGAUCGACGAAUACGACGACAAGCAAACCUUAGUUUAUACGCAUUUGCACGCGUUUGCUAGUCUACCUGUGAUGAAAACGGAGAAUGUGAACGACUUGCAAAAACUCUGCGAUACGGUCUCUUCGUCGUUAACCGCGCUAAAGAAUCUCGAUCGUCCGGUAAAUGAGUGGGACGAUCUGCUCGUUUAUCUUAUUGCUCAAAAGUUUAGUCCUCGCACUCGCAGCGAAUGGAAUUUGAAACGUACGGAAUUCGCCAAGCUUUCGUCUUACAAAGAUAUUAAUGACUUUCUAACUCUACGCAUUCGCGGAUUAUGCGAUCUUUCCGAUUCGCCGAAAGAUACUCGUCGUUACAGAGACGAUAAGCCGCGCUCGUCGGUUAAUAACGUCACUGCAAACAAAUGCGUUGGUUGCUCCGGCAAUCAUUCGGUUUCGAAAUGUAAAGAGUUUCUUGAUAAAACGGUUGAGCAGCGCGGCGCUUUCGCGCGUCAAAGCAGGCUUUGCCUCAAUUGUUUGAGAUCCGGGCAUUUCCUUCAGCAAUGCCCGAGCAAAUCUCGAUGUUCGCACUGUAGUCGUUCACAUCACUCGUUACUACAUUUCUCAAAUAAUGUAAAAGCCGAUGCUACGGCAAAUUCUUCGAAGAUAAGAGCGGAGGCGUAA